UGACUUGGCCUUAAUAUAGUUUUAAUAGAUUGUUCAGUAUAUAAGUGGUGCAAUACAGUAGAACAGGGCCUACUGACCAGUGCACCGAGCUGGCUGUACACGGCAUUUGAGACUCGUCAACUACUUCAACAAUGAGUGUCCAUUGGAACCCGCCUAAGUCGGAAUUAGAUGUCAAAGCUAAUGGUCUUUCCCCGGAAGAUGUUGAAGUCGACUCACUGGCGAUAGCGUCUUCCCGACUCCAUGUGACACGGACCGACUGUGAGCCUCUGACCACACCAAUAUAUCAUUCCUCUACUUACAAAACCAUCUCUAUUGAUCAGUAUUUGGGCGUCCUUCAAAAUGGCGGUUACAUAUACUCUCGACUUGGCAAUCCGACCUGUGAAGCUGCAGAAUGCAGCAUCAACGCUUUGGAGGGUGGAGCAGGAAGCAUUGUAUUUACUUCCGGAAUGGCGGCCAUUACCACGACGCUGAUUGGCUUGCUCUCUGCUGGAGAUCACGUGGUCAUUUGUGAGCCAGUCUACAGCGGGACGCUCGUGUUCGCUAAGGGAACGCUGCUCAGGUUGGGGAUUGAGGUGUCAUUUAUUGAGGCUAAUAAUGUAAAGGAGUACAGGGAAGCAAUCAAACCCAAUACCAAGUUACUUUACGCGGAAGUCCCACGGAAUCCGACCAUUGAUGUUUUAGAUCUAGAGGAAUUUGGAAAAUUAGGCAAAGAUCACCCAAACUUGGUAACAUUCGUGGACUGCACGUUUGCCUCUCCUUACCUUCAGCAGCCCAUAAAAUAUGGCAUCGAUAUUUCCAUGCAUAGUUGCACCAAGUAUCUUGGCGGUCACUCAGACCUCCUCGGAGGCUGCUUGACAUUGCGAACGGUGGAACUUUGGAAGAAGAUAAAGGUGAUCGCAGUCACUAUGGGUGCUACUCUUUCUCCAUGGGAUGCAUCCCUUCUUAUUAGAGGCAUAAAGACACUGCCAAUUAGAAUGCAACGGAUAAGCUCAACCGCUCUUAAACUUGCGACAUUCCUCGAGAAACACCCAAAGAUUGCCCGCGUUCACUACCCGGGCCUUCCCUCAGACCCCUCUCACGAAAUCGCCAAGAGGCAGAUGUCGCCAAAAGGAUUUGGCGGCAUGAUCUCCUUCGAAAUCAAGGGUGGAAUUGAGGCGGGAAAGACAUUAGUCGAGGGUGUCAAGUUGAUUCACCUGGCGGUAUCAUUAGGAGGCGUCGAGUCCUUGAUUGAGCAUCCCGCGACCAUGACCCACGGCUCGAUGGUCAUGUCGGACGAGGAAAGACGGACGGGGAGGAUCACACCUGGUCUCAUUCGGUUCAGCGUGGGACUCGAGGACCCGGACGACCUUCAAAAGGACCUAGCACAGGCGCUGUCGAAGGUCAAAUCAGAUUAGUCGUGUCGAAAUUUGGCCUUGACCUUUUCUCAAACCACAUGGAGCUGGCAGAGGCACUGAAUAUGCAGAAAACUCCUGAAAGAAUUGAAUUGUGAUCAAGCUAUCGCUUCGUGACAUUUGUGAUUACUCAGACAUUAGUUAUCAUUCGUCUACCAAUGACUAUUUGAUAAUCUGUAGGCAAUUUUUUAGCCUGUGGCCUGUGAGUGAGAUUAACCUAAUUGAAAGUGUUCGUGUUUCAAUUAAUCAAUUCAGAUUCCGGCGGAUGCUCAGAACACCCUUUCCUUGCUCUAUGCUUCGUUGUGCUCCUUCCAGUUACUGCCAUGAAGUGCAAGCGGUGAAUGAAUGUUCCUGUCAAGGUGACAACUUACCUUCAGUGGAACAUUACGUUGAAGACGUGCCUUAGAGAGUGUCUAUAUUCUGUAGGCCCUACAUGUACAUCAGCUGUCAAAUGAACACAAUAAAGAAUAUUUCGUUCUAUUGUCAA